UUCCGAUUUAUCCCUGUGAUCGUAGUGCUGUACCUAGGUGGGUAACCCCAAAUGACGCAUUCGAGAAAGCCUGAUGCCAAUGCAGCGGGGGAUGUUCCUGCAGGGUUCUUGACCACGUUUACCAUGCUCGCCCGUGACCGCCUCUCUCUCAGGCAAAUGUCCUGGAUUUUGGUGAAGGUGUUCUUUGGGUAUGGCGGUGAAAUUCCUUGGUUAACGAAGACGCUUCCCUGGAGCUAACAGUGCGAG